GAUAAGUUACAAUGUAGUUUAUACAACUGUCUAUGAGUUUAUGCAGCGUUUUGAAACAACUUAAAAUUUGUGUUUUAGUCUUUACGUUAUUUUCUUUUAACUACGUCAUUUCAGUUUGCUCGGUUGGUCAGCUAGCUAGCUAAAUAACUAACGUUUCCGUUAGUUGUGUUGACACAACAGGAAGGAUUGAUGUUAGCAAUGUCGGUCAAACUAACGGACUAUCGUUAGCUAACGUUAACGGUUAUAGUUUGCUAAUGCCUGCUGUCCCACCACCAAGGCCAGGAGCCAAGGCUAGUAUCUGCUGUUAUAAUUCGUUUUUCCCUCAUCCCGGAGAUUAUUUAGUUUUGGUUUCUGUUUAGUUAGCUAGUUUUCAGUUUUGCCACGAGCGACAUUUUCUGUGGCUAGCUGAGCUAAGUUAUCGUUCAGAUAGGGGGGAAAAAACGCUAACCUACGUCGUGGUGAAAACUGGCUUAGCUUUUGCAUUUCAAAGUUCAUGUUUCCUGUUAUAUUGAAUUAUCUGUGGGAUAACCCAGCUGCUAUGGUGUCCGCGAUACCGCUGCACCUGCCAAGUUGAACGACAUACAGUGAGACCCCUGGUCCAGCAUGAAGGCCCUCGGAUCCAGAGUCUCCUUCUGUGCGGGUUUCGCGGUGGGAACCUUCACACUGUACGUGUUUAUGCGGCAAGCGUGGUUUGAGAGGACAUUGUCAGCACAGCAGGCCAGCAGCCUUAAUAAAGUCCAUGACUACCAGCAGCAGCUUGAGCAAGAGAAGACAAUAUGGAAGAAGGAGAGGUCUGCUCUUUUCAACCUGAAGCACCCUCAUCAUAAAGGUGAGGAUAGCGGCAUGGCUGACGAACUAUACAAAAAGGUGCGUAUUCUUUGCUGGGUGAUGACUGGACCCAACAACCUGGAGAAGAAGGCUCGGCAUGUAAAGUCCACGUGGAGUCGCCACUGCAAUGUUGUGGUCUUCAUGAGCUCUGUGGAUGACCCUGACUUCCCUACGGUGGGCUUAGGUACAAAGGAGGGUCGGGACCAGCUGUACUGGAAAACGAUCCGGGCCUUCCAUUAUGCCUACGAACAUCAUGCCAAUGAGGCGGAUUGGUUUCUCAAGGCAGAUGACGACACCUACGUAAUCGUAGACAACCUGCGCUGGGUUCUUUCGAAUCACACGCCGGACGAGCCAAUUUAUUUUGGCCGAAGAUUCAAGCCCUACACCAAGCAGGGCUACAUGAGUGGCGGUGCGGGCUAUGUGUUGAGCAGAGAGGCUCUGCGGCGAUUUGUAGAGGGAUUUAAAAACAAACUUUGCACUCACACGACCUCUGUAGAGGACCUGGCAAUGGGGCAGUGCAUGGAGAAAGUUGGGGUGCUGGCAGGGGACUCCAGAGACACUGUGCACAGGGAGACAUUUCACCCAUUUAUCCCCGAGCAGCACCUUACUGCAAAGUUUCCCAAGAGCUUCUGGUAUUGGAGCUACUGCUACUACCCCAUCUCAGAGGGUCCAAACUGCUGCUCGGACGUGUCGGUGUCAUUCCACUAUGUAGACGCUUCACACAUGUAUUUAAUGGAGUACUACACAUAUCACCUACGUGCCUUUGGAUACAGAUACCGUUACCAGCCACCAACCCCCCUGGGCUACAAUAUUGAGCAGUCAAGUUCCAGCGAUGCCACGAAAGGAAAAAAAGAGCUGACUUCUAAGGAGAAAGGGCAAGUAGAGGGGAAUGAUCCGUCCAGGACUGACAAGAGACAAGAUGCAGAUCCCCCACCUGCUGCUCCAGCUGGAAAAUAACAGUAUGACUUUGUGGGUGCAUGAAGGGACAGGAUCUCAUUAGGUAGGCAGUAUGUGUAUUAUGUGUGUUUGCUUAAUCAUUCUGAUAAUCUUUGCUUGCUUUGCCCACUUUGAUUCAAAAUGUCCCCACAUACAAGCGUGUUGCUGAAGGACUGUUACUAAUGUGAAAUGUGACUGCCAGACUGGCCUUAAGGGAAAGAGAGAAUAUUACCCUUGUUUUUCAGGUUUGUAGGUGGUUUAUACAACCCAACGUCUUCUUUGGAAGUCAGAAAAAGCUUUCUGUGGGCUGCGUUCAUUUGUAAACUAACUAAAGCACCUUCUUAAUCCAUAUGGACCUGUUAUGGGAAAGUAUUUUCCAGAGAAAAGUUAAAUAAGAUUUUGCCAAUGUUUUAUCCUUUUCUUGACUAUUGCAAACCCACCAAAACACCCUGAUCUAUUUACUCUCUACAGCGAGGUAGUUCUUUGUUUGCUGGAGUUGUUUGACUACAUUCCACACAGACUGUAGGCCUUGGAAAAUGUUUAAGGGUGAAAACAACCCCUCUUUUGUCUAUAGGUGACAUGUAUUUCUUUAGAGCAUAUCACAGUUUUACAUACAGGCAAGUGUAAAGUUCCGUGUCGGACUGAAUCUCUUUUUAUUUGGUUGUAUUCUGUGGUAGCUCUAAGAAGAUUGAUUUCCUGUCUCUCAGUAAUAGUAAGAGCUGCAACUUACUAUUCUUUUUAUUAAUGAAAAAAGCCUGUUGUAAUUUCCUAAAGUCUUCAAACCGUUUUGUUUUUCCGACCAACAGUCAAAAAACAUAAAAAUUAUCAAUUAAGACAAAGAGAAGCCGCAAAUCCGCUCGAGAGAAGCUGGACCUACGUAAUGUUUGAAUUAUUGGAAAAAAGACAAUUUAUGGAUCAUCAAAAUAGUUGCCAGUUAAUUUUGUCAUAAUUUUAAUUGAUUAAUUGACCAAUUGUUUCAGCUACAUAAACAUCAUUAUGGAAGUGAAGGCAAUUUAAGCUGUGAUCUUGCAGCCUUAAUUAAAUAAUACGAUGGGAAAGGGCAACUACAUCCCACGCAUUCAUGUUUCCCUAUGGCUAAUAGACUUAAACUGAUGUGACCAUGAUGCUUUAAAUGAAACGUU